CAAAGGUCAAACUCUGGGUUAGUGCACACGUAGAUGUGGGAGCUCAGUUCCCUGCCCUUUGUAUCUUGUGCCUGUUGUAGGAAGCAAAGAUAUGGAUGAUUUUGGUUACAGCUUCCACCAGGGUGAGAGAGAUUGGCCUUUGUUCGACAGCGUUCCUGAGGAGUGCCGUUGCAUCCUAAAACCUUCCCUGGCCACCUCGGAAGAUUCCGACCUCAGUGAGGAUUCGGAGAAGAUCUUACGGUCUCACCCCAAGAGGAGCAAGAGGGUCAACCUUAGCCGAUCUCGCCAGUCCCCUAGCCCAGUGGACGUGGCCAUACAGUGCACGCGGAGAAUAGACAGGGAAGAGGGACAGGCAAUCUUUCAGAGCAGAGGCACACCCACUUUGGCCGGGCAUUUUCCUCCAGAGCACGACAGCAUGCCUUACCCCUCCGAGGAUGUCUUGUCUGCUGCUGAAGAAGACGUGGAGCUGGAAAUCGUUAACCAGUUUCUGAUGGCCACUGGUCACAUGACAUCAAGCGGCAAUCCAUCUGGGAGGCAGCGUUUCCUGAUUUCUGGCAAAGGUCUCCAUACUUCGAGAACACCGCAAUAUCUUCACAGUUCCACUUCCGAAUCCUCGUACUCUACACAUCCAUCCAAUUCUGUCACUCCCACCAUGGUUCACCAGUCUCACGAUGGGAGUGCCUGCGCUAGACCCAGUGUCAUGCUGGACAUGGACAGCUAUGUCGAAAAUGUGCUGGACCAUGAUUGUUAUAAGAGCGAUAUAGAGAUGGCCAAGGAUGACCAUUUAGAUGUUGGAUUUCGAUGCACACAGGCACGUGAGCAAGCUGCCAAGGCCCUCCCAGAACUGUGGGACAGUACAGUGUUCCAGGGCCAACACAAUGAAUAUGGACAAGUCGUUGUCCCCAGUGGCACUCAGCCUCAAAGUGUGUUAGAAGAGGAUUUCAAUGCACAGGCUUCUGUGCCUGUGUCAAAGGACAAUCAAUUUCUAAUAAGCAGGGACCCUUCACCUUGUUUGGAAUUAGUGUCAGCUGCAAAAGGGAAACUUGAGGAUGAUUAUUCCAUCACGUGCCCUGAAAUUUAUGAGUAUUUUUACGAGGACUUUGGAGAGGAAAUGGAUGACAAUGCUUUACUUUUCUUGCGUGUGCCUUCCAUGUUCAAGCGUGUGAAACAAGGGAGCCGUCAACCAAGGAAACUUAAUUUAUUGACUAUCAUUAAGUCUUUGGUACAUAAAUACUUACAUCCAACACAGCAAGGUCAAACAGCACUGGUGUCUGCCAGGAGUUCUAACACAUCUGAAAGCACAAAGGCUUUUGGCAAUCCUGACCUUGGAUCACUAAAUAAUGCAUUAGUGAAAUAUUCAGAAGGUGAAGCAAGUCAGACAAUGAUGGAGAGCACCAUACAGCGAGGGAGAGGACAUUCCUGUCUGGCCCGCACUCGGAAAGAUUUCUGUUUAUUUUGUUUCGUUUGCGCUUCCUGGGCUAUGAAAUCGGCAGCUUCUCAGUCAGAUAUGUGGAAAGCUGCAUUGCUGGUGAAUAUCAGUGCUAUCUCUGCCAUAAGAUACUUUAGGACACGUACAAAAAAGGAAAAUUCUAAGUUCUUGGCUCUCCAGGACUCUGGACAAAAAUAACUCUGAGAAAAAUUAACUUUCCAGAAUUCAACUUGUAAAGCUGCAAAAUUAAACAAUGCUACAAAA